GUUGCCGAUAACCUGGAUGAAGUCCCGUACGUUCGGAUUUGCCAUGAAGUCAAUCAAAGUGAGUCGUCGAGCGGGUAAUGACGAGCCUCCAAACCUGUUUGAAAUUAGAGUGAAUAAAAGAAAGCACGAUGUACUUGGAAGGAAGUUGAAGUCUGAACGCAGUGCGCGAGGAAAAGCGACUUGUCGUGCCCUAGAAAAAAGGAAGAAGACUCUUUUGCCUGCAUACCAGCAACGCAGCAAGAGAAGCUUAUUUAUUGAUGGACGACUGGGUGAACAUGACAAUAAAAUGACAGUAGAAGAGAAAAUGUUUAAAAGAUUUGCUGCGGAGAGACAGAGACAGCAUGAACAUGAACAACGUCAUAUCAACUUUAGUUUGGAAGAAGAGUCAAGUGACUUGGAAAAGUCUUUUUCCAAGAAGAUACCUCUCAUGUGUGAGACUGAGAUAGAUGAUCAUAAACUAAAAGAAGAAGAUUUCAAAGAAGCACAUUUUGGAGGAUUUGAUGCUAAUGGCAGUGAUAAAUUGUAUCGCUCACAACAGGAAAUCAUGGAAGAUGUUAUUGCCAAAGCAAAGAAAAAGAAGUUUGAAAGACAAAGGGCCAAGGAUUUAUUGUCUGACUUGACAGACAAACUCGACUCAGAUUGGCCAAUGAUAAAAAAGUUGAUGUCACAUGGACAGCAAGCUAGUGGCAGUGUAACAGAUGAUUAUGAUGUUACUGUAAAGCAACUUGCCUUUGAUGGGCGUGCUCAAUCUAGUGAAGCGACAAAGACAGUAAAGACAGAUGCAGAAAUAUUAAAAAGAAGAAAGAAAGAAGAGAAGCGGCAAGAGAUUUCAAGAGACAGCAGGAUAAGACAUGACAAAACAGCUUGGUGGCAGUAUGCUUCCACUGAUGCACUGAAUGAAGACUUAAAUUUUGACUGUAACGACAAGCAGAAGGGUGAGGUCUAUCUGACCUCUAAUGUCAUAAAGGAUAGUGAAGGAAGUGAUGAUAAGAGUGUACAAGAUGAAACUGAAAGUUUACAGAGUGAAGGUGGUAGUAGUUUUAACAGCUGUGAGAGUGAGCAAAACUUUGAGGUUGACAGACAAGACAAAGAAGGUGAAUCUCAGAGUGAAAGCAGUAGCUCUGAAUGUAUUAACAGUACUGAAGAGGAGUUUAUAACGUGCCAUCAGGAGAAUGAAGAUCAAGAAAGUCAUGAUCAGUUUUGGCAACUUAUAGAGAUGCUGAAUGAAAAGAGCAGUAAAGAUAACAAUGUGAAAGCUGUGGAAAUGGUGGCAAACUGUCUCUGUGCCAAAAAGUCUUUAGAGAACAAAAGGAAGCUUGAAGUUCUUUUUGUUGCACUUGUUCGACGUUUUCGGCAGUUAUGUUGUGAACCAAUGACUGAUAUUCACCAAGCAGAUCAGUUGACAAAAGUCUUGUAUAAUAUGUCCCACAUCGUGGCUCAUGUAGCUGGUGACUGCAUGAAAAAUACAGUUCGUGAAAUACAAAGAGUCCAAGGUGCUAGGAAAAGUGCUUCAGUCCUGACUAUGUCGCAGUUACUUGUAUUGAGACUGUGUGGUGUUUUGUUUCCUGUUUCUGGCUAUCAUCAUACAGUUGUCACUCCAGCCAUAACUCUGCUUGCCUCAUCUUUAUCUCAGUGCGAAGUCACAUCUUGUUGUGAAGCAUUUCUUGGUCUUUUCUCUCUAUCUGUGCUGCACCAGUUUGUGUGUUAUUCUAAGAAGUUUGUUCCUGAAGUUCCCUUGUUUCUUUCUCAUCUUUUUUCAACUGUAUUAAUGAAACUGUCUAGCUUUUCAAAUGAGGAGCUUGACAGAGAUAAAUUGUGGAAAAUAAGGCCAAUGUCUUUGGGUGAGUUGGUUUUUGGGACUUUUGAAGAGUCUACACACACAUGGUUUUCUGUUCUUUACAUUGCUUUAACAUUGCUUGCAUUGUUUGGGACUUUGUAUGCAAGUGUUAUCAGUUUUCCUAAAAUGUUUCAAAUUUUAAGUCAGGACUUAUACAAGCUGUCUUCAAUGUCUCUUCCUCUUGCAAUCCAGAGGCAGGUCUGUGCGGUGUCUACACAGCUGAAAACAGCAGAAUUGUCUCUGUAUCCUCUUCGGUUUCAACACCAUAAACCCACACCUCUUAAAUUGUAUACACCAAGGUUUGAACAAAGUUUUUAUGACAGUCAAAGUUCUCGGCGAAAUGACACAACUCAAUUGAGGCUGAAGCACCGGAAAGAACUGAGAGGAGCUGUAAGGGAGCUGCGGCGAGAUGCUGCUUUUCUUAGUUAUCAUUCGCUUAAAGAUCAGCUAGAAAGGGAUGAGGAACGACGACGUCAUGUGAAGGCAUUGCAAAAUAUGCUUGCCAGUGAGCAAGCUGAGACAAAGGAGAGGAAAAGGAAAGCAAGGAUUUGAUAGAGUUACAGGUCUAAAUGUAGUAGAUUAUUCUGAAACUCUCAAUGUAAUGUGGAGUAAAAGUAUGUUGUUGUCAAGCUUGAUUUGGGUGAUAUUUUUGGCAGUGCACGUGCUAAGGUCCUAAGGAUAUUGUAUUUUGUGUAAGAAACAAGUAGUUUGCUUUAA